AUGUCGCAGAGCCUCCAAUCUAUCCGGGACCCACCCGACGCCCAGCGCGUGGCUCACCAAGCGGCGUUUGAUUCAAUCAAUCACCCAGUCUCCUCCGGAGGUGAAAAGCACCGGAAUUCUCCCCUCUCAGACGGCCAGAACGCCUGGGCGUUCUCCCACCCGGACGCCCAUCUCGCUCACUCCACCACUACCCCCUCGACCCAGCAACACACGCCCAUGUUCGCACCUCCCCCAAUGUUUUAUGACCCUGGUGACGUGGCCGUGCAGCAGUCAGCAGAUUAUCAGCAGUGGGUGGAGAACUACAAUCAACAGGGAGCGCAGUAUGCCUAUCCUCAGGGAGCCCAUCCCGGUAACGUCCCCCAUUUCGUCUAUCAGCAACAGCAGCAACAGCAGCAGCAGCAGACAUCGUCUCAGCCACAACCCCAACAGAUGCAGGAUGUAUCUGUCGGUAUCAUGGAGGCUCAACCGAAUCAAUUCGGCUAUGAUACGACUACCUAUUCAUCUACCGCACAGGUUUCGUACGACCAGCCGUUCAUGCAGAGGGCCGCCGUCGAUCGCCCACAGCGCGCGAUGCCGAGACAGCAUCGGCGUCCCACUGCAUCAACUGGAGCGACCGUCCAAUAUCAAUCCGCGCAGCAGCAGAUGACCCAGCAUCUGAGCGUUCCGGCCAUCGAUACUAGCUUUCAGCAGUAUCAAACUUUUCAGCAGCCCGAGCAGGCAAACGAGAGCUUCACGUACGCUGCCGAGCAGGUCCAGUCGGCCCCCGCUGAGCAGCUGCCGCACCAGGAGUACAGCUGGAAGGCAUAUGAGUUCCCGGAGACCGCUUCGGGGGCUCCUUCGACGACAGCAUUUACGCCGCCUGCGCGGUUCUCGACAUCUCCAGCUCUGUCGCCGUUUACGGACGAGGGUCAACCAUCCUAUUUGACCUCGAAUCGCCCAGGAUCAGCAGGCACAUCGCUGCCCGCGGCUCCUGCAUCGCGCUCGUCUCCUAGCCAGCCUCAGGGUGCAGGCAAACGGAUGCAAGAUAAGCGGACAGGGGCGGGCUCGCAGAGCAAAAAACGCGUCCGCACGAGUGGUCAAGAAAGCGAGCAGAGUGACGACGAAGGCUUUCCGCCUAUGUCUAUAACUAUGCCGCCGUCGUCGGGCCAUGAUCAUUUUGCAACACGACUGUACGUCCUGAUCUCUUUUUUCCAGCUUGCGAACACUGAUUUGGAAUGCUGA